GGCGUGGGAAACCGGAAUGUGAAUCUAGUCUACAAUUAAUAUUGGUUUUUAUACUGUCAAGCAAAGAGCAAAGAUGACUUUCGUAGCAAGAGUAGUGUUGUUGCUUGCUCUUGCAAUUCAAGCAUCAGUUUUAUAUGGUCAGGUGGUAGACAUUGCUUCAGAUUUAGACACAGCCGGUCGUAACUUUUCCUGUACUGGCGAAGUUGUCACAUACACUUGCAGUGGUCAAGGAAACACUUUAACUAUAAAUUGUCCACCAUUAUUCACUUCGAAUGUAUUCCUCAGCAAUGACCCUGUCCCUGAUGCUGUUUCCACUGUUCCGAAUGUUAUUCUUACCCUAACAAACAGAGUAAUAAACGGGUCGCGUACAUUUUAUGCUGUAAACCUGCAAAUCACAGUGUUGAAUGAUGCACGAAUCGAUGUUUCAUGCUCUACUAACGCUACAAACAAUGUUGCAAUACCACUGAUCCAUGAGUCAAGUACAAUCGAACCACCAUCCAUUGUGACAUUUUCUGGAGACAUGACACUAUCAUGGACCCCACCUUUGAACCCUCAGUUUGACAUUGAUUAUUAUAUUGUGAGAAUUUACGUGGAUGGAAUUUUGAACACAACUAGGAGCUCUCGUGAUAAUAGUCUGGAUAUAGAUGUCCCGGGAAAUAUCACUGCUACUGUUAGUACUGUUAGCACUUGCGACAAAGUUAGUGACUCACAACCGUCUGAUGGAUUUAUCAUCAUUGGAGAAAGCACCAAUAUACCAAUACUAGUCCCUGAUAAUCAAGGAUUGAUUGGUGGCAUUGUGGUUCUCGCAAUAUUGUGUGCUGUCUUCCUCAUCGCUUUUGUAACACUGGCAUUGUUGUUCGCAAUGUUAAGGAAAACAAUAUCAAAGUUGAAACAAAAUCAACGACAGGAUUCUUGAAGAAACUGACAUUUAUCAAGAUAGUGUAGUGUAUGUACAUAGUAAAUGUGUGCUGCCUUAAAUUUGUAUGUACCUGUUAUUAGGCAAGUACCUUACCUAG